AUGGUCUUGAUACUCUGUCAAUGUGUCGUGACAUUGCGAGUGUGGCAUCUAUUCUUCCGGAGUUACCUCAUUAGAUGGCUGGCGGUCACUAUUCUCGUCAUUUGCGCGGCAGGAACUGUAAUAGUUGGCAGCGUCGAGUUUAAUCCCAUCAAGACUGCCCUGCGUAUAACGUUGAUCGCUGAGAUCCCGACGCAGAGCCCUCCAUUUGUGUUUGCCAUGUACCUGCCAUCCCUGGUCGUCCAUACGGCCAUGCUCUUACUGACGAUGUAUCGCUUUCGCGUCAGCCCAAAAGUGUUGCAGCAACGUGGCAUUAUACACCGAUUCGUAAAAGAAGGGAUAUUGAUGUAUACGUUUGCGGCCGGAUCACUGCUAUAUGAAAUUAUCGGUCUUUCUAUGACUAAACCGAAGGAAAUAUCUGUGUACUAUCCAGCUUUGAGGGAAGGAAUAGCAGUAGCAACUACAGCCGUCUCCGUCUGUCGUGCAAUGCUAAGCAUCAGGUCAUUGGCUGCAACUUAUCAUGUCGAUCCGGCAUGGUUGCUCAACUAUGCAGAACUGAGUCGUGUUCAAUGGAGGAGAGGAGCCAAUGAAGGUGAAAUUUUUGUCGAAGCGAGUGACAUGGACGCGGGUCCCCCUUUCAAAUUGCUGGGGAUGUCUGCCGGGAGAACAGAAGGCGAAGGAGUUGUGUAAAAA